GAGCUCAGCCGGCCUGCUGUAGAGUAGCUACAGCGCUGCCACUGGCCGCCAGCAUCUAGCUCUAUGUCUGGAAUAGAAACUAAAGAAAGUUUCGGUAUUUGAUGUUUGCCCGUGAUUUUACUGGUAUUCCAGUGUAGCAGAGAACCGGUGUUUUACUGUUUUUCUCGCGGGAUUUGACCAGCAGAAGACAGCGAGAGGCGUGAGGAGACACUGUGAUACUUAAAGAUGUCUAUAUUGCCUUUCACCCCUCCGAUUGUGAAGAGGCUCCUGGGCUGGAAAAAAGGAGAGCAGAACGGGCAGGAGGAGAAAUGGUGUGAAAAGGCUGUAAAGAGUCUUGUGAAGAAGUUAAAGAAGACGGGGCAGCUCGACGAGCUGGAAAAGGCUAUAACUACUCAGAAUGUCAAUACAAAAUGCAUAACCAUACCAAGGUCUCUAGAUGGACGUCUGCAGGUGUCUCAUAGAAAAGGCCUCCCUCAUGUCAUCUACUGUCGUCUGUGGCGCUGGCCUGACCUUCAGUCCCACCAUGAGUUGCGCGCUGUAGACCUGUGUGAGUUUGCUUUCCACAUGAAGAAGGAUGAAGUGUGUGUCAAUCCCUAUCACUACCAGCGUGUGGAGACACCAGUUUUGCCCCCUGUGCUGGUACCCCGACACACUGAUAUCCCAGCUGAGUUUCCUCCGCUGGACGACUACAGCCACUCUAUUCCUGAAAACACCAAUUUUCCUGCAGGAAUAGAGCCUCAGAUCAACUACAUACCAGAGACACCUCCUCCAGGAUACCUCAGUGAAGAUGGUGAAAGCAGUGAUCAACAGAUGAACCACAUGGACACAGGUUCCCCCAGCCUGUCACCCAACCCUGUCUCCCCUGCAAAUAGCAACCUCGACCUGCAGCCAGUAACCUAUUGCGAGUCAGCAUUCUGGUGCUCCAUCUCGUACUAUGAGCUAAACCAGCGAGUGGGAGAGACCUUCCAUGCCUCACAACCCUCUCUAACUGUGGACGGCUUCACGGACCCCUCCAACGCCGAGCGCUUCUGCCUGGGCCUGUUAUCUAAUGUCAACCGCAAUGCAGCUGUGGAGCUCACUCGCAGACACAUCGGUCGGGGAGUGCGGCUGUACUACAUUGGUGGAGAGGUGUUUGCAGAGUGUCUGAGUGACAGUGCCAUCUUUGUCCAGAGUCCAAACUGUAACCAGCGCUAUGGCUGGCACCCCGCCACUGUGUGUAAAAUUCCCCCAGGGUGUAAUCUGAAGAUCUUCAAUAACCAGGAGUUUGCUGCUCUGCUGGCCCAGUCGGUGAAUCAGGGAUUUGAGGCUGUGUACCAGUUGACCCGCAUGUGCACUAUCCGCAUGAGCUUUGUCAAAGGCUGGGGAGCAGAGUACAGGCGCCAGACAGUGACCAGCACCCCCUGCUGGAUAGAGCUACACCUCAACGGCCCUCUCCAGUGGCUGGACAAGGUGCUCACGCAGAUGGGCUCACCCAGCAUCCGCUGUUCCAGUGUGUCGUAGGAGACACCUGUACCUCUAAA